GGAGGAAAUUGAUAAUGGAGCUAAGUACCUAAAAGUGCGCAUAAUCCUCUUCGUAAGCACAGCAAUUCAGGCCAGUUUAACUGGUCACAGUCUUGUUUGACGUUAUUGUAAUCAUGUGGCGUAUAUUUUUCUGAGAGGGUUUUUCCAAUUAAAAACCGAAGACUUCCUCCUAGCCUAAACAUACAAAACGAUAAAAAAACGUGAAAAUAUGUAAAGAUAUCAGUUCGGAAAGUAUGGCGGGACUAGUUGCACGAGUGUUGGUUUUAAGUGUUCUUGGCCUAUUGGCAACUUCGGAAGGGAAUGAUGAAAAAGAUGAACUUGUCGCUACAGCACUGCUUUUCAGACAUGGUGAUAGAGGUCCGCUUGAGUCUUUUCCAAACGACAAAUAUUUUGAUAAGAAGUAUUGGCCAAAAGGUUUUGGGCAGAUGUUAAACGUCGGCAAAUUGAGGGCAUACGAGCUUGGGAAAUAUAUAAGGCAUCGAUACCGUACCUUUCUCGCCAAUGAAUACAAAUUCGAAGAGAUACACGUCAUAUCGUCAGAUGUAGAUAGAGCCAUUAUGACUGCCGAGUCUAUGCUGGCAGGACUAUAUCCACCACCCAAAGAAGACAUUUGGUUUGAACACCUGUUAUGGGAGCCCAUCCCAGUACACACGAUCCCGUAUGAAUAUGAUAGUUUUAUUAACAUGAAAGCUAAAUGCCCCCAUUACGACGCUCUCUAUGGAAAGGUAACUCAGAUGGUAUUUCAAGAGCUGAGGGAAAGAUAUCAGGAUAUUUUCAGCACAAUAAUUGAGAAUACUGGUUGGGAAGACAUAGAUGUUGAUUCGAUAAAAACAAUUGUUGGAACCAUGUAUGUCUAUAGUAUGCACAAUGCGUCUUAUAUACCCGAAUGGUAUAAUAAAAUGAACCACAAACAUUUGAAGCAUCUUGCAGGAGUUGCAUUUGCUGUACCAACGUAUACUAAAGAAAUACAAAGACUUACGUCAGGAACAUUUUAUAACUACUUGGUCAACUAUCUAGAUGGCGUUAUUCAAGGUGAAAGGCCAAAGUUCCUGGUGAUAUCAGGGCAUGACACCACAGUCGCAUCUGUACUGAAUACCAUAGACUGUUAUGACUAUGAGCCACCAGAAUUCACUGCCAUGGUGUUUUGGGAAGUUUACAAGGCGAAGGAUGGAACAUAUCGACUUGAUUUGCUCUACAAGAAGAAUAGUACCUCUGACGCAGAACCAAUUAGAAUAGAUAACUGCAAAACUAGUUUCACUUACGAUGAGUUUAAAGCCACCGUUGCUCCGAUAUUGAUAAAUGUAGACCAAUGGAAACAUGAGUGCUCUGCUACAGGUAGAGCUACAGCUGCGGUAGCAGGAAGUACUGGAACUAGACAAUUUAGCUUUUUGAUAAUGAGCGCUGUAGUCCUAUUUUUGAAUAACUUUGCUUAAAACGUAUUUCACUAUAUGUAUAGGGUGAUUCACAAGUCGUGAACAAAAAUUAAACAUCAUACACACGACUGCAUUUUAAGGGGUGUCUUUUCUUGUAACAUUUUUCCUCGAGGGCUUUAUUAAAAAGAUACAAGGUGUUGAAUCUCAAAAAUAAAAAACCUUUUUUUAAUAUCUUCAAAAUCGUCAACUGAAAUGAACUAAAAUUUGGUAUGUGGAUUUACCCGAGUAUUGUCCACAUUCAAAAGUCUUCAGUUAAAAUUAACGUGCACCUGUGGCGAGAUACAGGAGAUUAGUGGUAUUAUUUUUCCUAAUAAAAAUAGUACGUCACUGUAGUAGAUGACGGAGGUCGAAAGCAAGACCUUCGUCAACUCAUUUCUAUUAUACAACACGUUCUUGAUAGAGAACCGAACUGCUGAGAGGUUUAACAAUUUGCAUGGUCAUUGAAAGGACUCAGAACUCAAACAUGACCCUCGCCGCCUACCCCCCACACCCCUACGUCACCCCGGGAGGUCUUGCUUUCGGCCUCCGUCACCUACUCACUGUUUUUUUAAAGCGCAAUUUAUUCGAGUUUUACCUUCAAUUUGCUACAAAUAAUUACUCUUGUGUAUUUUCCUAGAG